GCGCUCCUCUUUCUACAUGACCUCUACUAGGAGUGUGAGUCUACCUUGUGCAGCCAACCACUCUUAGCUCGGUCCGUCUAGCGUCUCAUCAAGCACUGCCUCUGGGUCCGCAGUGACUACGCCUGUCCACAUAUCCACAUAUGCUCGGCCAUCUGCACGAGGCGUCACCAUCAUAUAAGCUAUAUUGAUUGCAGAGUUCGCUGUCGGACCCUUGGAGACGCCCCGCUACACCCUGUGAAGCAGUCUGCCAGCCAAGCCAAUGGCCCCAUCCAUCGCGCCGAUCUCCAUCCGUCUUUACCACAACAUCUUGGUUUCAGGGUGUCCCGUCGAGGGAGAGAUAGAGCUCAACUUCCGCGGAAUCCAGGAGGAUGGUAUCGAGGAGGUACAUGUGAAGCUCAGGGGCAUCGUACGGACCUCCGUCCAUCGAAAUAAGAGCACACAGAUCGAGACACUCCACAUUGUUCGCGACGAUGCCUCACUCUGGUGCCGCGGAGGCGCCUACCCGCCGCCAGGUUCCGACGUCCUCCGCAUCCCGUUCCGCCUCCAACUCCCGCCCUACAUCCCUCCAUCCUUCCAGCACUCAGAACGCGCCCGAGAGGGAUCUGUGCGGUACUCAGUGACUGCGGUCGGCGUGCGUCCCGGCAUAUUCCAGUUCAAUCGCCGUAUAUGCGUGCCCAUGGCAGUCGUGCCUUUCGAUGCUGCGGGUGUGGCCGUCCGGGAAUCGCUUACCGCGACGGUAGCGGCGGGUGCAGAGGUUGAUUGGAAAAUGGCGUGGAGGGAAGUCAAGAUCAGGAGGGGGCUCUGGGGCGAUAAGUCUACCGUUAACGUCCAGCUGCUACUUCCGAACAUAGCUAUAUUCCCGCUCUUCACACCUAUCCCUUUCAUCAUCAAAGUCAAGUCCGUCUCGGCACCCAUCACCCACGAGAAAGCCAACGCGCUUCCCGCGGACAAGCCUGCAUUCCCUCCAGUACCAGAAACCUACGAGCAGGUGACAUUCAAGCUCCACAGCCACAUGCGGAUCUCGGUGCGGUCGAUGUAUACAGACCAUACGUCUGCCGAUGUUGCGGUCUUUGCGCGCGCCGCUUCGUCACAGUUCUUGACGGAUGUCCCUCCGCGCGAGUGGGUCCCGAUGACGCGUCCCGGGGAAAAGGGGACUGAGCCGGCCGACGAGAUGGGGAUAUGGGUACAACACGCCACGUUCAAAUCGUCCUUUAGUCUGGCCUGCCCUCCGACGUUCGUGGUCGAGUCGCUCCAGUGCGAGUAUAUGCUGCAGCUGAAAGUGCCCUUCCCGGGGAUCGGGAAUAACGUGAACAUCGCCGUGCCUGUCGUGAUCUCUUCGGGCCUGAAUGCACCGAUCGCGCCGGGUAGUGGGGAUGCCAGUAGGCCGACGGUACCACUCGGGCUGCCACCAGCAUACUGGGACGCAAACGAUCACCAGUGGUCGGACGAUACCAAGGCCUGAGCCGUGGUUCGUAGUCGUGCGUAUGUUUCGCAAUACGGAGUUGCCCAGAAGUCCUUUCGCCCAUCUAAACUCUCUGCUACGUCGCGCGAAUGCAACGCUAUCUCUUCCGUAUCUGCCGCCGUAUAUGUCUUGCAUAUAAGAACUGACUGUGCAUUGACGCCACUUGUAAUAGAA